AUGAAGGUCUGCAUCUUUGGCGGCAACGGCUUUGUCGGCUCGGCCGUCGCCCGCAAGGCCGUCGCUCGCGGCUGGCAGGUCGUCAGCGUCAGUCGCUCGGGCACCCCGUUCGCGACCCCCGCCGGCCACACGCCAUCCUGGGUCAACGAGGUCGAGUGGCGCAAGGGCUCGCCGUUCGAUCCCGCGACGUUCGACUCGGUCCUGCCCUCGUGCGACGCCCUCGUGUCGACGCUCGGGACCCUGUUCGAGACGACGUACAAGGACAAGGGCGUCGCCAAGCCCCUGUCGGUCCUCAAGGCGCUCGCCGAGAACCUGACGGGCUCGAGGGGCAACCCGCUCGCGAGGGACGGCAGGGAGCGCAGCUACGAGCGGCUCAACCGCGACUCGGCUCUCGCACUCUUUGACGCCUUCCACUCGUCCCGCUCCCCCUCCUCGUCCUCCUCCUCCCUCGUCUCGCCCUCACCGUUCGUCUUUAUCUCGGCCGAGGACAUCUUCCGCCCGUUCGUCCCGGCGCGGUACAUUCAGACAAAGCGCCAGGCCGAGGCCGACAUCUGGCGACGCGCGACGGCACCAGCCGACGAGCCACCAAGCGUGCGGCCCGUCUUUGUUCGCCCAAGCCUCAUGUACCACCCGCACCUCAACCCACCCUCGACCCUGCCCGCGACCCUCCUCGAAGCGACCUCUCACCUGCACGCGCUCGUCCCGCCCGCGCUGCACCUCCUCCCCUCUGCGCCCCGCCCGCUCCCCAACUCGGCCCCCUCGCUCGCCGACGACCCGGCAACGGCGCUCCCUGGCGCGCUCACAAGCCUCUCGAGCCUGCUCUCGGUCCCGCCCAUUCACGUCGACGCCGUCGGCGAGGCCGUAUGUCGCGCCAUCGCCGACGACGCGACAAGUGGCGUGAUCGACGUUGCCGCCAUGAGGGACAUGCUCGGGUUUGAUGCGCUUGGGUGGGGGGGCAAGCAGAGGAGGGCUGGGGGAACGGCGUGAAGGAGGACGGACGCCCGGGGGGUGGGAAUGGCACGAGGGUGACAACAGGAAG